CUGCGUCUACUCGCCCUGCAAUCAUGAUUGCAACCCCCUUUUUGGGUGAAUCCGAGUCCAUCCAUAACGGUAGCAACCUCUAGAUAAUCUCGCCCAACCCUCCGAAAGAAGCUCGGUGAGUCCACUCUGAUGGAUUCCCCGUCACCAUCGUCUUCCACCAUCACUGGGAGGCUCCAUGUGUUCCGAUGACCACGCGCGUUGCUCCAAGUCCCCCACCCAGUCCCCACCCUCGACCAGGACCACCACCACCGUCAAUACCCUUCAGGCUCUUCACGAAGAUGGGCUCAGGGACAUCACCCACCAUCUGGUAGCCACCACAACCGCAACCGCAACCGCAACUCCCAUAGUGCCAUGGACUCCCCUCAGCCACAGGAAACGGUACACAAUGCGCGACCAAAACAUCACCAUCGGUGUCACAGUCGGCAUCCUCCUCGCCGCAUUCCUGGCCGGCGUGUGCUACUUCCUCUACCGCUACGGCGAGUCGAUCCGCAUCUACCGCCGGCGCAGUCGGAGACGCCACAGUAAGGGGUCGCGGAGCUCGGGCGGGUCGGGGUCUUCGGCGGAGAGUGCGGCCGCUGCGCAGGCUCAGGCUUAAGCUGUGGGUGGUGGGUGAUUGGAACAGGAAGGUUUGAGGUUACUGGCGAAUACCGUGGCUGGUAUUAGUUUACUCAGUAGAUAUGGCCGGGGGAUUCUGGUCGUCCGUAAAGAUGUUCUGCUGUGGUCUUCAGGUUCAGUUCCUGGAUACUUC